UUUUGCGCCAGUCAAGUCGACUUGCCGUAGUUUCUUCAUCAAAAAGUGUCGGUGGUCAAAGAUGGCGUGGAACCUUCCAGAGAGUGCAGAGAUAAUGAAGCUCCAAGAAGUUAUCGACAGUGCUUCACAGCUCACCGGGAAGGCUGUACGUUUGAUUGCUAAAUUAGACACAUACGACUGUGUAAAGCAACGAGCGACCCUAUGCAGCAUUGACCGUCAGCACAAUCAGCGCUUUCUACUGGAUACUCGUUUCAUCGAACCAUUUCAUGCCAGACCAGGCUCUGUCUUCCAGUUUAUUGGGGAGCUUGACUCUGCAUCGUCAAAUCACCAACCUAUCCUAAGGGCCAGAGUUGUACGAUGUGUGGAUGGCAUGGAUGUGGCAAUGUACAAUAAGGCUUUAGAUGCACAGAGAAAGUUUUUUAAGAGUAGAGAGACGAACGAUGCAGCUGGGAGUAUGCAGACAUGAGUUUAAGUGCUUUUUAGGAGGGGUUUACCUUUGGUAAUUACUCCCGAUCCAAACAAUAAUGAUAGCUCCGGAUGCCUGACAGAGUGCCCAGCAAGGCUGAAGUUAGAGAUGUCUUGACUUGAUUUUCUCAGAGACCUUUGGCAGGUUGCCACCGUCAUUAUCAUCGGUUAGCGUCAUGCCUUUCUGCACUGGGUGCCUGACUGGUGAGAAGCUUCCAAAUAGACCGAUCUUGAGCUGCCACUUCUACCUCCUCCACAAACGACUCAGUGCCCAGUCUGGAGAGGUCCCUCUGGAUUACAUUUUACCAUGAUGUCCUAGGGCGCCCUCGUCUGUUUUCCCAUGGGUUGGUGACCAGUUGUAGAGUUGUUUAGUGAAAUAAUAGACCCUAUAUAGACGAUGUGACCUAUGUUUACAUUCAAACCACCCUCUGUUGACAAAACACUGUCCAAGUCAUGUUUCGCCGGGCAAAAAGAUGCGUAGUCAUGGUAAGAUUUUGUGUACUUUCUAGCUGGCGGCCAAAACACGAAGGUUUUGCGCGGCGGUAUGCGCGCGAAUCAUGUUUUCGAGUGAUGUCAGAGGUCACAUCGUCUAUAGUUGACACUACUCGGACCGAACUCAGCUCAAGACGCUGUGACUACAAGUUUUUGCCAUCCAGGCCGAUUCUAGGCAGCACGAACAGCCUGAUCAUGUUGUAGGCCGAUGUUGUAGAGCUUGUCAUAUGUCGAAUGCCACCCCAACCAAUCUAUGACCCUACCUUUAACAUUUGCCUAAAUAAACAGCAGAAAUAAGACAACAAUUUAUACACAACUUUAUUUUUGCAAUAUUUUAUUCAGUACAGUUAAAGUUACAGUAGUACUUACUUUGUCUUAAAAAGCAGACUUAAAACCAUCUAAGUACUGUAGGCUACUUUAAAAAAAAAAAAAAUCAUUUUAUUCAAAAAGACCUAGCGUUGGUUUAGGGUGGAAAGACUAUCACUUCAGUCACAAUAUAUAAAUUACCCAAUCUAGAUGGUUUAUCCAAAGUUUGAUCUAAUUGUUUAUUAUAUAAAAAUAUUUUUCAUACAAUUAUAUUUUCCUCUUCCCAUCUAUGAAAGGGCAAGUACAUUUUUAUUUUGCAAAUGGCACUUCUAUUACGACGUCUAUGGUAAACUUUUGAAGGGGCAGUUGUUUGGCCAAAUUCCUUUCCUUAUACAAAAAUGAUCGUCACUUUCUGGUUUAUCGACUUGCAACAGGUAGAUGACGCCAAUCAACUUAUAAUUAUUUUACCUUUUACAAUGAUGUAGUAACAUUGAUUGUUAAAACAGUUAAAUAUGAAAAUUAUUUAAAUUAAAGUGAUUAUAAUAUCGAUAACUAUACAGCAUUUUUACGGCACACUUUAUAGUAAAAGUAUUAAAUGUUGCAGGUUUUUGAAGAACCAAUAUUAUCAAAUUUAUUAGAUGUUGCAUAAAUGCUACUACUAAUGUUUAAUAUUUACACAGGAGAUAUACGUUACUGAUUCAAACAAGCACUUUUAACCAUAUCUUGAUAAAAUUAAAGACCAAGUUACAAUGCAAGAACAAAUUCAUGUAAGUUCUAUUAAGUCCAGCAGUUAAGAUCUUUUCCAAACAUUUCAAAAGAGUUACUACGACAACCAACUACAUCCAAACUUCUCAAUUCUACACCAGCUCCUAAAAGUUCAGCAAAAUAUUAUAUUUUAGAAAUAUUUUAUGCCCAGCAACAAUAUUUCUGGUCCAGUGAAACUUCUGAGCUUCAAGCGAAUAUUUUCUCAAAAGAUUUUUAUCCAAUCUUCAAAAUAAGCUCCCCAUUAUAAUGUAUUUACAAUUAGUAAACUUUUACCUCUACCAAAAGUUACCUUAAAAUAAUUCGAAAGAUAAGUUUAAAAGUUCAUAAUGUAUAAAUAAAAAUCAUUAAAAAAGUUGUUACUAGACAAAUAAUUACGUGAUAAUGUUAGAAAUCGCAUGCAAUGAUUCAAAACUUCAAAACUAUCUAUACAUUCAAAGGAUAAUCAAAUAUUAAAAUUUAAAUAUAUGUGGUCAUAAAAACAACCAAUCAAUUUAAGUUUUGAAAAUUUUUACGAUAAAUUCUUUAAAAAAUAGAUUUGCGAAGUUGAUACAAAAAUUGAAACCUGGAAACUGCUCCCAUUAGUGCUGGUUUCCUGAAUCACCUUUUUAAAAGCAUAAAAAGUAGCUAAGAACAACAAAACUAUGCCUACUGGAACAAGGUUACCAGCCAAAACACCAUUUCAAAUGCACCAUCUUUGACUGGUAUCCUGCUAAUUUUUGGCUUGGCAUUAAACUGAUUAGCAUCUAGCAGAAAUUGGGUGCAGUAAGGAGCAAAGAUAGGGGAUGUGUUUGGAAGCCAAUUGGCCAACUGUUUUUUUUUCCUUUCGAGGUAAUAUUAUGGAAAUCAGUUUGCCAACUUUCCCUAGGGAUAAAAAUUGUAUAAACA